AUGAAUACUAGCGUUAAGUUUGACCUGUAGUUAUUUAUGUCUUGUGGCGAGAGGAGGUGAUAGUUAAGAGAAACCAAACGUUUGUGCGGUAAUGAUAGUAGUAUGCCAUUUUCCCGAUGUUCUUAGUGGAUAAUUAUCAUUGUAUUGUUGUGUUAUAAAAUCAGCUGAUAUUUAUUCGACGUGUAAGUGAUGUUUUAUGUUUGUCGACGUCCCGAAUUUUUGUGGUUUGACGUGUGAAACUAAUUCGUAGACAGAAAUGGCGAAGGAAGAGAUAGACGAUCUCCUUCCUGACAAAGAUGCUGCCAAAGGUUUUUACGCGAAAUACGAACCAAAAGAAAUUCUUGGAAAAGGCAUCAGUUCAACAGUCAGAAGAUGCAUAGAAAAGGAAACUGGCAUUGAAUAUGCGGCGAAAAUAAUCGACCUUAGCAGUGAUUCGCAUGAUGGAGCAGAUGGAAAAACGAUGCUGGAAGCUACAUUGGAAGAAAUACACAUUUUAAGAAUGGUUUCUGGACAUCCAUAUAUCAUUGAGCUGCAUGAUGUUUUUGAAUCCAGCACCUUCAUUUUUUUGGUGUUCGAACUGUGUAAGAAUGGUGAACUAUUCGAUUACCUUACUUCAGUGGUGGCACUCUCGGAGAAGAAGACAAGGUAUAUUAUGCGGCAAUUAUUUGAAGCUUUGCAGUAUGUACAUGGUAAAAAUAUAGUUCACAGAGAUUUGAAGCCAGAAAACAUUUUACUGGAUGACAACUUUAAUAUUAAGUUGACAGACUUUGGUUUUGCAAGAGUUGUAAAACCAGGUGAAAAGUUAUUUGAUAUAUGUGGAACACCUGGCUACUUGGCUCCCGAGCUGCUGAACUCGGCUAUGUACCCCGACGCUGAUGGCUAUGGACAGGCUGUCGACAUCUGGGCAUGUGGUGUCAUCAUGUUUACACUGUUAGUUGGCUGCCCACCAUUCUGGCAUCGGAAACAGAUGGUAAUGCUCCGCAAAAUUAUGGAAGGGGACUUUUCUUUCACGUCUCCAGAAUGGGCUGAUAUAACAGAGCCCCCAAAGGAUUUAAUACGGAAACUGCUUGUAGUUGACCCAAAUGAAAGAAUCAGUAUUAAAGAAGCCCUUAACCAUCCCUUCUUCCAAAUUAUGUUUUGGGACCAAGAUAACUCUGUGAAAGGUGGGACUUCCAGGAGAUUUAGUCGAAUAUGUCAGAUCACACUGGAACAUAAAGAACAGAAAUUUGAUGCCCGCAAGAUGUUCAAAUUUGGAAUCCUCUGUGUUCGAGCCAUCGUACGAAUUCAACGACUUCGCUUUACACCCGAGCCAUUAUCAAUGGAAGUAGCAAGAGUUGACCCGUACAGGAUAAAAGUACUUCGCAAGGUGAUCGAUGCAUGUGCCUUCAGAGUAUAUGGCCACUGGGUGAAGAAAGGUGAAGGUCAGAACAGGGCUGCCUUGUUUGAGAAUAUGCCAAAGGUAGAACUGAAACAGAUAUAUGUGAACAACCUUAGUCGGUAAUGGAAUCCUUCCUUAGAAUUAUUAAAUCAAUGACAAAUUCAUAUUGUGAGGAGGAAGUGUAGGAAGGUAGGUAGGGCACUCUUAGAAUGAAAAUAAAAGAAUGCUGUUUUGUAAGUAAAACAUGAGAUCUUAAAACCUACAAUAAAUUCUACCAUGGACUGUUCUACUAUAGUUACAAUUUUGUGCUAAGGUGUUCAGCUGUACAGAUUUUAAGUAAUUCUGAUCUGAAGUCAGAAUAAUGUCUUCCUAUCUUACACUGUGUGUCAAUGUUUAGCAUGCAUAAAUAUUUGUACUGAAAGAUGGCUGCCCAUGAAAUAUUUGACUUUCUUUUAACAAAUGCAGUUGCCCACCAGUAAAACAAUUGGUCUUGGUGAAACGUGUUUAGAUAAAAAGAAAAGAAAUUGUGCUUUCCUUUUGCUGAUGAAUCUGUAUGUUCAGUACAUUGGGUCAGUCUGUCUAAUGAAGGUAGAUUAUUCAGCUUAAAACAAAUGGAAAAAGAAAAUAUUUGGCAUAGAAGAGGAGCAUCUACUUAUGAGUUGACAAAUGGAGCAAGGAAAUCAGUCAAAAUUACAAACCAUGUUAGGUACUUGUAUAUAUUAUUAUCUACUCUUACAUUUCGUAUCUCUCUUCCACCUAAAUGAGGUUGCAUUAAAACACAGAAAGGUGUAGAUUUAACCUUGUUUUAUUUGUUUCUUUCUACCCAUUUUUUGUGUUUCAACAGUUGUACAGCUGAUAAGUAGAACCACCUCUUUUGUAUUAUAUCUUAUGCAACACAGGCAUAUCUGAAAUAUGUAUCAUAAGUACUCAUAGUAAGUACAGUCAUUUCUUCUAAUAAAUAAGAUGACAUGAGUUUCUCUCUUAUUUGUAGCUGAAGAUGCUGUGUUUCAUUUUCUUAUUUAUUAUUCAGUUGCCAGAAUUAUUUACAAAAUUGUUAAGGUUGAUUCACAGCGUAUGUCUGUGAACCAUCCUGUAAUAGAAUGUCAGCAUCAACUAUUUGUAUGUUCACAAUUGACCGAACAUCAGUAGGACACAAUGCUCAGGCCAGUGCUAUACAGUAAAAAUGGAUUAUAGGUAAUCUCCUGUCUUACAAGAAGUCUAAAUAUAGUGCCAGCUGCAAUGAACUAGCAGUGGUAAGUCUAUUUUAUUAAUGACCAAAGGAAAAUUCACAAUGGAUUUUCUUGAGAGAGGUCAUAACGUAGAAUUUACACAGCUAGUUGAGAACUGAAAGAAUAAGAAGAGUGUUUUCCAUACAUUUCAAAUGGCAUUUAGUUGCUCAAGAAAAUACAUACAUGCAUGCAAACAGACGAAACAAUUUGUUCUAUACAUCACACUUUGUUUCUAAUUACAAAAUAUAACAUAAAAGACUAUAUUUCUUGCUCAGUGCAGCUGACUUUCUCACUGUUGAAACAAUUUUUAUCAAGAAAAACCCAUUUAUUUAUUUCUGUUUUUAUUUCUGAACAACGCAAGCUUUGUCACAGACCCAGUUUUUUUUAAAACUUGAAUCUUUCUUUCCUUUUUGGAUAUUGAGUCUCAUAACACACUCAAAGGAAAAACAUAGUCUUCAUGCGACCUUCACAGUGUACCACAUAACCAAUUACAAAUACCCCAAAACAUAAAAUCCACUACAACAACACCGGUGAACAUGGUGAGAAUUCUUUAAUCCUAGUGUUAACAGAUGUCAGUAUCCAAACUUUCUUCCUGGGGAAUCUUGACAGUGACAUUCUUUUCCAACCCAUUUUGUUUCAUUGACAGUCUUGUGUGAAUGGUUCCAUUUGAAAUUCAUUGUGAACCAAUCUGUGUGCUACUCUGUAAAAAAGAGCUCAUUAUACAUAUUAAAUUAAUUCUAAAAUGACAUUAAGUUUAACCAGUCGCUUGAAAGUCACAUAGUGGGACUAAUACUUCACUGAGGGGAGACAAGUUGGCACACCAUUUUAUAGCUGUUACACACUGUGUAACAUGUAUACACACAAUUCUCAUUAAUAAUGAGAACAAUGGCUUAGAAAAUUGUGGUCAGUGACCAUUUCACCAUGCCCACCAAAAUUGAGAAGUUGAACCUGGUGCCUAUACAUAUAGUACAAAACUGCAGUGAUUAGCAGUUGGGCUUAUUCCAAAUGUACUGAUUACCCAGACAUGUGCAUUAAAAAUAUUUGCCCAUACUAUAGGAGUGGAUUACCUCAGCUUGGACCAAGGAAAAGAUGUUUUGUAAACAUGUGUCCAGAUGUUCAGUUUUUUAUUGUAAUAGAACUUGUAUAAAGGUGUAUAAUAUAUUUUCAAUUUUCUACUCAUAUGAAUGGAUCAGUGUUAUCGAUGUGUAUAACGUGAUUGAAAUGCUUUCAGUUCACUUUUGUGCACACAUGAACUCAGCAGUGUGGAGUCGUGCCUUUUCAGAGAUUUUGGAAGGUUUUUGUGGAACUUACAGUAUUUCAUCAUAUGAAGUAUCUGUUUCCUAAAAUAAUUUUUUUGGGAGAUCCUAUGGAUAAAAAUCCAAAGGUCUUAACCACUUAUUCACACAACAUUGACCACCCCUCUUGAACACUGAAACCAAAAUGUGCUCUGUACUCAUUAUGCUCAAACUAAACAAUUCUGCAGGUCUUGACUUCUUCAUCAUAAGAUUAAUAUAUUGGUAUAACAAGAAUGGAAAUUUCUGGAUGGAAAAUAUGUAAAAUAAGAGAAAGGCAACUACUUUUCCAUAGAGGACUGGUGGUAACUUUUUGGUAACAUCACAUAAUUAAUUUAUAGACAGAAAAACAUUUCCAGACAUGUUCCCAUAACUUCUUUUUCCUUUUUGUGUAAAAAACCAAAAUUUGCCCAAGUAUUUUUGUUACACUUUAUAUAUGAUAAAUUUACUGAAGGCUUCAUGGUUAGUUUCAUGCCCACAGUGACCUUACAACAAACCCUAACAAAAGACAGGAAGCAGCUGUUAUUCUCAUAGCUUGUGGCAUUUUCUGUGUAAUUUUCGAUGAAAAUUAAAUAUGUGUCUCACUUGUAGAGUCAGGCAUUCCACAGUGUGUUCAUAAAUCAACAAUUCUGUAGUAUGAGAACUAUAACUCCCAGUGCAGCUGUCACGUGUUGCUGUGAAGUAGUUUGAUGCCUUGUGGUAAUCAGUGUAGCCUAAAUUUUUAUUUGUUUCAGUAAAUUACUUUUGUGGUAUGUUGUUGCAGUAUUCAUUUGGAAGAAAUUAUAUGCUCGAUAAUAAAAUUUUCUAUUGUGACAGACAACAGUGGGGCAUAAUUGAUGUAAAUUUGGUUGUAUAGCUACAUAAUUAUCUUUGUUUUCAUAAAUGCGAACAGCCAAUGUAUCAAUGAACUUGUCACUUUGUCAUUAAAAACAUUUAUGCACAGUA